AUGCCGGAGCCCGGGCCCGACGCCUCGGGCACCGCCAGCGCACCGCCCCCGCAGCCGCCGCCCCAGCCUCCGGCGCCCAAGGAAUCCCCGUUCUCCAUCAAGAACCUGCUCAACGGAGAUCACCACCGGCCGCCCCCUAAGCCCCAGCCGCCCCCACGGACGCUCUUCGCUCCGGCCUCGGCCGCCGCCGCUGCCGCCGCCGCCGCCGCCGCCGCGGCAGCCAAGGGGGCCCUGGAGGGCGCCGCGGGCUUCGCGCUCUCGCAGGUGGGCGACCUGGCUUUCCCCCGCUUUGAGAUCCCAGCGCAGAGGUUUGCCCUGCCAGCGCACUACCUGGAACGCUCCCCGGCCUGGUGGUACCCCUACACCCUGACCCCCGCCGGCGGCCACCUCCCUCGACCUGAAGCCUCGGAGAAGGCGCUCCUGCGAGACUCCUCCCCCGCCUCGGGCACCGACCGCGACUCGCCGGAGCCGCUGCUCAAGGCCGAGCCCGACCCCAAGGAGCUGGACUCCAAGAGCCCGGACGAGAUCAUCCUGGAAGAGAGCGACUCGGAGGAAGGCAAGAAGGACGGCGAGCCGGCGGCGGGCGCGGCCGGGGCGGCCGUGGGCACGGCGGCGACGACGCCGGGCACCGAGGACUGGAAGAAGGGCGCCGAGAGUCCCGACAAGAAGCCCGCGUGCCGCAAGAAGAAGACGCGCACGGUGUUCUCGCGCAGCCAGGUCUUCCAGCUCGAGUCCACCUUCGACAUGAAGCGCUACCUGAGCAGCUCGGAGCGCGCGGGCCUGGCCGCGUCGCUGCACCUCACCGAGACGCAGGUCAAGAUCUGGUUCCAGAACCGCCGCAACAAGUGGAAGCGGCAGCUGGCCGCCGAGCUGGAGGCCGCCAACCUGAGCCACGCGGCGGCGCAGCGCAUCGUGCGCGUGCCCAUCCUCUACCACGAGAACUCGGCGGCCGAGGGCGCGGCGGCGGCGGCCGCCGGGGCCCCGGUGCCCGUCAGCCAGCCGCUGCUCACCUUCCCGCACCCUGUCUACUACUCGCACCCCGUGGUCUCCUCCGUGCCGCUCCUACGGCCGGUCUGA